AUGUGCCAGCUCAAGUCCGACAACCCCAGUUUCGUCCUCCAUGGUGUGGAGGAUGUCAAAAUCGAGAACCGCCCUAUCCCGGAGCUCGAGAACGAUGAGGUGCUCGUCGAGGUUGCCAAGACGGGCAUCUGCGGCUCGGAUGUCCACUACCUUCAGCAUGGCAAGAUCGGUUCUUUCGUUGUCAAGGAGCCCAUGUGUCUCGGUCACGAGAGCUCUGGCAAGGUCGUCAAGCUCGGCCCUAAGGCCGCCGGCCUCAAGGUCGGGCAGCGCGUUGCGCUCGAGCCUGGUAUGGGCUGCCGCACUUGCGACAUGUGCAAGGGUGGGCUGUACGAGCUCUGCCCGAACAUGACGUUCGCAGCUACGCCGCCCUACAUCUAUGGCACCCUUUGCCGCUACUACAAGCUGGUGGCAGACAUGCUGCACCCCAUCCCUGACGCUGUGUCGGAUGAAGACGGUGCGAUGAUGGAGCCGCUGUCAGUUGCCGUACACUCGCUCUCCAAGCUCGCCAAGUGCAAGAGCGGCGACAACGUUGUCAUCUUCGGUGCUGGCCCGGUUGGUCUUCUGUGCAUGGCUGUUGCCAAGGCGCUCGGUGCUGCGCGGAUCGUUGCCGUCGAUAUCCAGCAGGAGCGCCUCGACUUUGCCAAGUCCUACGCUGCAACGGACGUCUUCCUCCCUCCCAAGAAGAAUGACGGAGAGGACAUGGACGUAUACGCUGAGCGCAUCUCGGCUGAGAUCCUCGCCGCCCUCGACAUUCCCGCCAUUGGCUCUGGCGCCCUCAACAUUUGCAUUGACGCGUCGGGGGCUGCUGUGUGCAUUGCCACCGGCCUUCACCUCCUCAGACCCGACGGCACGUUCGUCCAGGUCGGCAUGGGUGCCCCAACCAUCCCCAUCCCCAUGUUCGCGAUUGUCACCAAGCAGCUCCGUGUCCUCGGAAGCUUCCGUUACGGUCAGGGCGACUACCCGCUCGCGAUAAGCCUUGUGUCGCGCGGCCUUGUCGACCUCAAGCCCCUCGUCACGCACCGCUACAAGUUCCAGGACGCGCGCGAGGCCUUUGAUAUCACCAAGGCUGGCAAGGACAAGGACGGCAAGCCCGUCAUCAAGGUCAUCAUCGACCCUCCCCAGUAG